GGUGGAUGGAACCUGGAGGUGAUCAGGUAGGGCCUGGGCCCGGCCCCAGGCUGCACUGGGUUCUGCUGCUGCUGCUGGAGCUGGUGGCAGGUACCCAGGACCGGCUGAGCCCAGAGGCAGCACCGCGGAGCAAGUCCCUGGGCCCCAGAGCACCAGCAGGAAACAGCCACUUCAGCCCACAAAGCCCAUGGCACAGGUCACCGCUCCAGCCUGGCCCCCGGGAGGCAGGCCCCAUGUGCUGGCCUCAUGGGUUUUGGUCUGACUCUCAGUCACACUGGUACAUCUUCAGCAGCGGGACCAGCCUCACCGUCACAGGUCAGCCAGUGGUGGCCCCCACGGUCACUUUGUUCCCGCCCUCCCGUGAGGAGCUCAAGGGCAGCAGGGCCACCCUGGUGUGUCUGAUCAACGACUUUUACCCGGGUGAGGUGACAGUGAUCUGGAAGGCAGAUGGCACCACUGUCACCCAGGGUGUGGACACCACCAAGCCCUUAAAACACAGCAACCACAAGUACACGGCCAGCAGCUUCCUUAACCUGUCACGUAGACAGUGGUUACUGCACAGUCGCUUCACCUGCCAGGUCACACACAAGGGAAAAACCGUGGAGAAGAGCGUGGCCCCUGCACACUGUCUGUAG